AUGCGUCCAGCGCCCUCGUCUGCGAGCGCCGCUCUGCGCAGCUGGACCCGCCAUGCCUUCCCCAACACAUCCCAGACCUCCGCUGUCGCCACAGCUCGGCUAGCUCCCCAGACCACCUCCCUCACAUCACAGCGACGAGAUCAAAGCACUGCCGCCGCCGCCACCUCCGGCUCGAGCUUCGACUCACCAUUCACAAAGUACGACACAAACAAGAUCCCCAGUUUCGCCAAAUACAAGGCCAAGAGUCCCGAGGUCUCGAACCGCGUGUUCCAGUACUUUAUGGUUGGGUCAAUGGGUCUGCUCACCGCAGCGGGCGCGAAGGCUACUGUGCAGGAUUUCCUGGUAAACAUGUCCGCCUCCGCCGACGUGCUCGCACAAGCCAAAGUCGAAGUCGACCUCGCCUCGAUCCCCGAGGGCAAGAACGUCAUCAUCAAAUGGCGCGGCAAGCCCGUCUUCAUCCGCCACCGCACCGAGUCUGAGAUCAAGGAUGCUGAAGGCGUCAACAUAUCUAUCCUCCGCGACCCCCAAAAAGACGAAGACCGCGUCAAAAAGCCCGAAUGGCUGAUCAUGCUCGGCGUCUGCACCCACUUGGGCUGUGUCCCGAUCGGCGAAUCCGGCGACUUUGGCGGCUGGUUCUGCCCCUGCCACGGCUCUCACUACGAUGUCAGUGGACGUAUACGGAAGGGCCCUGCGCCGCUGAAUCUGGAGAUUCCGGAGUAUGAUUUCCCGAGUGAUGAGAGCUUGGUUAUUGGUUAG